AUGUAUUCAAGAUUCUAUCUUAUCGAAAAGAAAGAAUGGAUAAGCAGAUUACCUUUCAGUAGGUCUUUUCUGAUUUAUAUCCAAUAUAAGUGCGGCAGUUUGGCGAGUGGAAACUUCGUCUGACUAUUCUCCAUUCAUAUCAGGCACAAAAAUCGCCGAAUGUCUGAUCCGACAACUGCAAGAUGGAGGACCUACGGCAGGAGACAUUCAAGAAGUUACGGCCGCCGUGCGUUGAACUGAGUUCCGUCGGUCUCAAAUUUCGAGCUCACCAAACAACUACGAAUGACGUCCUCCACGCCCUUGAAGCCGUGCACAACGUGCUGAACGAACCUCGAACUAAGGACGCCCUUGACGAGAAGUUGGCAGAAUAUGUAUUCUUUCCUCUAUCCCACGUCUUUAACGAGACAAAAAGGGUGUCUGCCCGUUGCCUUGAAAUUGCUGUGGAUUGUUUGCGAAUAUUGGUCGAGAAGGGGUGGAGGCAUCGCCUAUCGCCGCAGAUGGGCAAACAACUUAUUAUUCUGAUGACUAUACUUGUUGGUGGACCUCCAAAUCGAAAUCAGAAUGGUGGGGUCGAGAAGCCUGAUUCCGAGGAGCUGGCCGUCGCGGCAUUCAGGUGCUUAGGCGCUCUUUUUACAGCGCUGGAGGGGCCCGUGGCGGAGCGGACUAUCUUUAAUGAAGUCGGAACCGCUACGGUAAUUGAUCAGACCGCAUAUAUCCUUCUCGAAGGGCUUACGGACGGCGGUUCCAAUGAUGUUCAGGAAGCGGCUGUAGCAGCCCUUCGAGCGCUCUGUUCUCGCAUAACAGAUCGAGUGGUGCUAGCCAGCAUUAUGCCACGGACGAUAUCUGCACUAACAAAGAUAAUAAAACCGACGACACAAGCACGCCGCUCAUUUCGUUUACUUCAGAGCUCUCUGCACUUAUUGACUGAGAUCAUGAAAGCGGUGCUUCGUGACGAUGUUGCAAUAUCCGACGCAGGAGAGCAGGCCGAGAAGCCCAAAUCUGACGACAGAAUUGCACUAGAUGAGUCAUGGCUGAAGGCUACAGCUGGCCAAAUAAAAAUCGCUCUAGCAAACGUUAUACAAAUAAGACGCCACGAAAAACCGGAAGUUAAAAGUGCGCUACUAGAGCUCUGUCUCAUGAUUAUUGAGAGAUGCCCUCGUUCUCUUCAAGAAUCCUUACCUUUGAUGGUGGAAACCAUUGUCGUUCUGGCUGGAGAUGAGACGGACCGUAUGGCGAAUGAUGGGUAUGCUGCUCUAAAGCAUGUUGCGAUCACUUACACAUAUGUCGUGGAUAUUCUUAAAGAAUCGCUGCAUACCUGGAUUACAGCAUUCCCUAGGACCAUGCAAGGGAAUGAUGAGACAGCCAAGCAAAGAGCUAUAAAACAGAUCUCCACAACUUUCAACGUUCUCUCUGAGAUCAGCUCCAGUUCUAGUAUUUUGGAUGACAGCAUAGCCUCAGGCCUGUGCGACAGUGUUGCCGCAGUUAUCAAGGCCAAGGACAGUGGCCCACAGCAAUUGAGCUCCACGGGUGAUUCCAUGGUCAAACUCGAGGUUCUCCGUCAGAAGGCCAAGUCGAUAUCUUUUCCACCGGUGCUCCUCGAACAUCGCAGUCAGCAAAACACCCUAAAAGAAUUACGAUCCCUAAUUGCAGGUCUCAAUAUCACAGAUUCUGCGGGUGCAAUUACACGAUCAAUAAUGAACCGAAUACAUCAUGCCUCCGGUGACUCUGUCAUAGCCCCUUUUUGGCUCGCUCUGAAUUUCCUGAAAAAUACGUCCCAAAGCACCAUGGGCUUCGAAGAUCUCCUAUCACUAGAUGCCUUCGGAUCUACAGCAUUAUCGUAUACUCGUUCUGGUCUUAUUGAGGAGUUGUACUAUGAAGCUUUACCCAUACUUAACGAGGCCCCAAUUACGACUUCUAGGGAUUGGCGCGUCUCAGCUCUCGCCCUGGAAGCAGUCGCUCUGCAAGCGCAAGAAGUUGGAGAGGCCUUCCGCCCUGAACUUAUCGAUGCCUUGUACCCGGUUCUUAGGUUCUUGGCUUCGAACAACACGAGUCUUCAGGACCAUGCGAUGGCAUGCCUUAACAUCCUUACUACGGCUUGCAAUUACCCCGAUACAAGCACUAUGCUAAUUGAAAAUGCUGACUACCUUGUCAACUCGAUUGCAUUGAAACUCAACACAUUCGACGUAUCGCCUUAUCCCCCACAAGUGCUGCUGAUGAUGGUAAGGCUAUCUGGCGCCAAUUUGAUUCCUUACUUGGAUGACCUGGUUGAUUCGAUCUUUGGAAUCCUGGAUAUGUAUCAUGGUUAUCCAAGACUAGUCGAAUUGCUCUUCUCGACUCUGACAGCUAUUGUGGAGGAGGGAGUAAAGAAACCAGCUUUGCUGUCCAUCACAGCCGGUAAGGAAGGAGAGGCCAUUUCUCAUAAGAAGCGCCAAUACGAGCCUAUUACUAUCUCUAAGCUAGCGGAGGACUUGGCGACUCGCAGGUCCAAGAGAGCUCGCUAUUCAGAGAUGGACCUGGAUGAAGGCGGACAAAAGGUGUCUCAUCCAGCGCGGCCAUGGACGGCAGCACUUGAUGGUCCUGAGCAACCACGGGAGGAUCCGGACUCCUUUCUGGGCUCAUCAGAGCCAGACGAAUCAGAAGGACCACUACCGCCACCUCGAGAGCCAGAAGACGCUGAGAAGCCAUUAAGCAAAUCUCACACACUUCUGUUGCAUAUCGUCAAAUCCAUACCGCCACAUCUUUCUUCCCCAUCUCCAUCUCUUCGCCGCUCACUUCUUUCCAUUCUCACUCAAGCUCUUCCGGUCCUUUCCCUGAAUGAAACCAGUUUCUUGCCGCUUAUCAACGACCUUUGGCCUUCAGUCUCCGCGAGGAUUGCCGCCCCUGCUUCAUUGACAGAGACAUUGUCUAGGUCUGGAAGAGCAGCUUCUGCCUCUUCAGAAAUCGCAAAAGCAUCAGACAAUGUUAAUGGUGAUAAUGAUAUCAAAGAGGAGGCAUUUGUAAUCACCUCUGCAUGUGCCGUUGUCGAAACGAUGUGUAAGACCGCAGGAGACUUUAUGGCAACCCGCGUGGAGAAUGAAUUUCCGCGCUGGAAGCGACUUUAUCAUCGCGUGUGGGAAAAGGUACUUCUCGACGCAGAGCGAGCCAAAGAGCGCCGCAUUCAGCGUAUGCAGCACCUAUCCGCUGCUGCACCCAAGUCAUCAGAUGUCUCUAAAGACUCCCAAGGACAGCUCGACAUGGCUCUUAGCCUUGGUUCCUCCUCGAGUGGACCCGAUGCCGGAGGGACUCAUUCAUUUACUCCUUACCAUAGUAUCUGGAAAGCCCUUGGAUCAUUAUUUAUUGCCCUUCUUACACACGUUCGUCUUCCGCUGGCUAUCGGCGAUGAAAUAUGUGAUUUAUUGGGCUGGUGGAUUUCGGCUUUUGCAGGGCCAGACUACUAUACCAAGUCACGAUUACGCAAACAAGCCGAAACAAAGAGUAUGGAGCUGGGAAGUGUGGAAAGCGCAAUCAAAGCUAUGGAAAGCUGGAACGGCGACCUUACCUGGUUUAUCUUCCAGCAAGCUAGGGAGCGCAAUGCCACAGACACGGAAAGGAACCAGCCAAAUCCAACCGUAUCGAUAUCGAGUUCCCCACGUCUACCUGCAACUCUGAUGAAAUUUGUGCAGAGUGAAAACUUGAGAUUCGCAGAGCUAGUCUUCUAGGGGAUUUAACAAUGCAUGAUCUACCUAGAUUUCGUCAUCAACAAUGUAAAUAUAAAUGGCAAUACGUACAGAAGCAUGGAAGUCCAUAAAUUUGUUAUCCCUUCUGUAGCAAGAACAGUUGUAUGUACAGUCGCUGUAACCAGCAUGAAGAAUAACAGCCGAAAACACCAUGUACCCUUGGACAAUAUACCUUAUGAAACAAGAAAA